GUUAUGUUAUGUUUUGGUUAUUUUAUUUUGUAUGCAGAUAUAAUACUAAAAUUAAAAGCAACUAUUACUAGAUAUAUUCGGAGUACAGCUAGUAUAUUCGCGGGUUCAGAGGUCAAAUCGAGUGAUAAUAGAUAAUGUUGCGUGUUUCAUAUAAUAUGAGGAUAACAUGAUUUCGCUUGGACGCGUGAACACGCGCCAAGGUCAUUUUUUGCUACAAUUGCAAAUAAGAACGAUUUCUACGACAUCAUCUUAAUCGACGGUGGUACGUCGAUGACUUUUGUCGGCUUACGGCGUUAUUUACUAGUGAGUAGAGUAAUAGUUAGGAUGUCUUCCAGUAAAUUUUCUUACGAGGAGGCUGUGAAAAAAUUGAAUUUACUUCAAUCAAAUAAAUCAACUAUAGAACAAAUAAGGAAAGAUAUAAAAUUAGGCCAAAAAUGUACAAACAUAGAGGAUAUGGAAAAGUAUUUGCACAGAACUGGUGUUACUUUGUCAAUGUUAGACCAGCUCUCAGUUAUACAUGUUGCUGGCACCAAAGGGAAGGGUUCGACAAGUGCAAUGUGCGAGUCAGUGCUGCGUUACCAUGGAUAUAAGACUGGCUUCUACUCCUCACCGCACUUGGUGGCGGUGCGUGAACGCAUUCGCCUUAACGGCUGUAUAGUUGACAAGGAAACCUUCUCUAAACACUUCCAUGAUGUAUAUGACCGCUUGUAUGCUUCACAGAGUUACGAAGGUGAUAUGCCCAAGUACUUUGCGUUCUUAACUGUGCUAGCAUAUAACGUGUUCCUGAAGGAGAAGGUGGAUGUAGCCAUUGUGGAGGUCGGCAUUGGUGGUGUGGUGGAUUAUACAAAUGUACUGAGGAAGGUACCGGUGGUUGGUAUAACCGCUUUAGGUCUUGACCAUACAUCAAUCUUGGGCACCACUCUACCAGAGAUAGCUGAGGCAAAAGCUGGUAUCAUGAAGACAGGAUGUGAGGCAUACACUGUGCAACAACCAACAGACGCCAUGGAAGUCUUAGAGAGAGUAGCCAAUCAUGUUCAGUGUUCAUUGCAUGUAGUUCCAGAUUAUAAAACAUACACAUUUGAAAAUGGCUUAAAACUACAACUUCCAGUAGAAAUAGAAGCAUAUUGUUUGAACGCAUCCUUAGCUAUACAACUGGCACACGCUUGGAUGCGUAAAAAUAAAACGCACAUAUUAAAUAAUACAAUAAAUAUAUCAAAUGGUAUAUGUGAAAAGGAAUCCAAAGAGAAUAGUGUAAUUAGAAAAUUACCAAAUAAAACUAUAAAAGGUUUAUCAGGGUGUAAAUGGCCGGGGAGAUAUCAAGUGAUUGAAACAGAGUACUCAACUUUUUAUCUAGAUGGCGCUCAUACUAAAGAAUCUAUGGAAAUAUGCGCACAGUGGUUUGAACACAAUAGCCGAUGUCAAGACAAAAGUCUAAUUUUUAGUGCAACUGGAGAUAGAGAUGCGGAGGUUUUGCUAACACCUUUGAAGUUUGUAAAUUUUAAGAAAGUAUAUUUUGUGAUACCGACAGCAUUUAAGGAAAUAAGUGAUAAAAACGACAAUUAUUCUAUAAUGGAAUAUAGAGAUUUAAUUGCAAGAUGUCAGAAAAAUGAAGAAGCAUGGAACAGGCUCCAAGAAAAUGGCAAACGCAGUAAAGUAACGAUCUUAGAAUGCGUUUCAGACGCUCUGUCAUGUAUAAAACAAAAUAAUGAGAGCAAAUCCGUUUUAAUCACUGGAUCUUUACAUUUAGUUGGGGCUGCACUUUCUAUAAUUGAUCCUAAUUUAGGGGAGAAUUAGGAAAUCGAAUUAAAUAAAAUUUUAUUUAUAUCCUGA